AUGUCUACUUUAGUUGGCCCGCCAUAGCGCAAGAGCGAGUGUGGCGCUUUAAGUGUUUUUUAUUGAUAAAUAAUAAUAAUAAUGACGGAAAAUGGAUAAGUUUUAAGAACUAAUUAUACUUUUAAAUAAUUGUACAUUGACAGUAGAUGUAAGAUAAAAUAAGUGAAUACAGUUAUAUGUGUUUACAGUUGCUUAUGGAGACUUCAAUGAUGACUUAGACAACGAAAUUAAAAACUAAAUAAUUAUGUUGUAUUCCGCUAAUUAAUGGUUUUGUGUUGUGAGUGUUUUGUGUUAAUCUCAAAAAUGGAAAUUAGGAUACACUACAUCUGUUUCAUCACAUUUUGGAUAAUUACAAAAGCAUCAUGUCAACUGCAUGUGAAUACACCGCCGAUUAUGACAUUCGAGAGGAACUGGGUUAUUCCGGAGACUGAAGAAGUGGGCAGUGUAAUUACACGUGUUGGUGCAAGGGACAACGACGCGGACUUUUUAAUAUAUGGAAUAGAGCCGAUCUCUUUUGGUGACGGGCCACCGAGGCCCUUGCCGUUUAGAAUUAAUAAUGCAACAGGAGUUGUCUAUUUGAACGAAUCGUUAAAGGGAAGGGCUGGCGAGAAUAUCAACCUUUAUGUGACGGCGUUUAAUGGAGAUUUACCGGUGAAGACGGAAGUGUGGGUAAAAAUUGUAGGUUCGAACUCUAGAUCCAAAGCUUCACUUAAAACGAACCUUAAUCCCUUUUCCAAUACAAAUAAUCGUUUCCCCCCUAGUCUUUUGUCAUUUACUAAUUUUAACUCCGGGCAACCUCCCGCUUCCAUAGCAAACAAUCCCAGACCGUUUCCAGGACAAAUGUCAUAUUUCCCUUUGCCAACCAAUAAACCUAACAAGACUCGCCUGCUUCCCGCUCAAGAAAAACAGAACGAAGCUGAUACCGCCGAUAACUCAUCGAUCGAGGCCGAACUGACUACUUUAACCAAAGAAACGACGACGAAGCGUUACACGUAUGAAACAAAUCAUAUCAAUACACCAAUUGAUCAACCAGUAAAAUCCGUACCUGACCUGACUAUUACACUUGUGCCAAUAGUUUCUGUCGUUGCAAUAUUUUUGGGAGUUGGAAUCAUAGCGCUGCUGUUUCGAAAGAAAAUUUGCAUGGGCCGUAUAAAAGAAAGUAAAGAUGAUAUGCGAAAGGAGUCAUCAGGAGCAGUUGUCCUACAGGACGACCCAUCGUUAACUAUGCAAUAUUGGAGAGGGCCGAGAGCUUUCAGUAACCGUUACGUUCCGUGGGAGCGCGAAGCAGCUCACCCUCAGAUUUCCUUACAAUCUUCAGCCCCUCCAAAGGUUUUAGACAAAUGGGAGUUUCCACGACAUCACCUUAAAGUGUUUAAUAUACUUGGCGAAGGCGCCUUCGGCCAAGUUUGGAAAUGCGAGGCACUAGACAUAAACGCGAAGGAGGGCGUCUCUAUUGUAGCCGUGAAAACGCUAAAGGAAAAUGCCACGGAAAAAGAAAGGCAAGACUUGCUGUCUGAAUUACAAGUUAUGAAAAUGUUGGACGUUCACCCUAACGUCGUCAAAUUAUUAGGAUGCUGCACUGAAAAGGAUCCAGUUUUUGUUAUAAUGGAAUUUAUAAGUAAAGGAAAACUUCAGAGUUUUCUAAGGAAUUCAAGGGCCGAACGCAAUUACAACAACAUGCACGGGCAAAGUAAAACCCUUACGUCGCGGGAUUUGACUUCUUUUGUUUAUCAAGUAGCUAAAGGAAUGGAAUUUUUGUCUGCGAAUGGGAUAAUUCAUCGCGAUCUCGCCGCUAGGAACAUCUUAAUUACGGAAGAUCACGUUUGUAAGGUUGCCGAUUUUGGUUUUGCGAGAGAUGUUAUUGAUUCUCAUGUUUACGAACGUAAAAGUGAAGGAAGGCUUCCAAUUCGUUGGAUGGCACCUGAGUCUCUUUACGAUAACAUCUUUACUGUUAAAUCGGACGUCUGGAGCUUCGGAGUACUUAUCUGGGAAGUCGUCACGUUAGGAAGCACCCCGUAUACAGGACUUUCUGCGGCUGAAGUUAUGAAAAGGGUACGAGACGGUUAUCGUCUAGAGAAACCAGAACAUUGCAGAAGAGAGUUAUAUAAUAUAAUGUACUACUGCUGGGACAAAGAUCCAAAACAGCGGCCAUCCUUUGAGGAGUGUGUGGAGCUGUUAGAGAAACUAAUAAUAAGUGAAACUGACUAUAUAGAAUUAGAGCGGUUUCCUGAUCAUUCCUACUACAAUAUGACCAGUUUAAGCGGAGAGAAGCUUUAAUAGAAAGUUUACUGUUAAUUACGUGUACUUAAAACAACAGUUAUGUACAUAUUGUACUCAUUCAUUCCAUUAAGUAUAGGCAAGUAGGUAGAUAUUCAUUCUAGUCUCUGCGCUAUUUGUAAGGAUCACUUAUUGCUCACUCCAUACGGUUGUUAACUUCAAUAAAAAAUUGCAGCUUGUU